AUGGAUCUUCCGCCUUUUGCGCCUCUGCCGCCGUCCUCAAUUCGCCUCAGUCUUGGUCCUGAAGAGUGGGAGGCGUGUUUGGAAGCUUGGCUGACACUGGCACAACUCACGUUAAGGCUGCCUGCGACUGACUUCGACACGAAUACGAUUGACAAGGGACCUGUGCCGCACUUCUUGGCCUCUUUCUAUCGCGAGCUCAACAGCCUUUCUCCCGGAGAUGGAACACUCAGCACGCCCAGGGCCAUCUCCCUUCGCAAGGCCUUGUUCAAAGUGGCCAGCCGAGCAUUCCGCGAACCAGGUUCUCUAGCCACUGAACUACUAUCGUGGAGCUUUUUGUCAAAUUUCUGCCACGUCCAUGUGAAGAGCCCUACAUUGCAACAGCUCAUGAGCAGUAUUUGGAAGAGGAAGUCAGAAACCAUCGCGCCAUCCUUGCAGAAGCAAAAAGAUCUUAUUAGUAAACAGCUUGAAUCGAAAGACGCUGGCAAUGGCUUUACUAUGCUGUCUCAGCUUGCUCCAAUCAUGCAUGCUUCGGCUGACAUUGGGGCGUUCUUUAUGACUGGAUCUGACUUCCUGGAUUCUCUCGUCAGUGCGUACAGCCGUAGCACUUCUGACCCGCAGAAGAAGUCAGUAUCGACGGUGAUCUACUUGGGCCUCAUAUCUUGUGUAAGGACAGAAGUACCGAAUACAUCUCUUCUUUCUGAUCAUCUCUACACUUUGAAGAGUCAGGCAGACAAAGCCGGCCCUGGCCAGGCUGUCUUGGCAGACGUGGUCACAAAUACGACAGUAAUUUCACGCAUCCAACAGUCAUUAAGCGGCAAGGCACCUGAAAGAGUCUCCAAACUUUUGGACACGCUUGAAACAUACCGAGCACCAAGCGUUGCUCGACCGAGAAAAGCUGGGAGACCUAGGAGCAAAGGCAAAGGGAAGCAGAAGAGCACCAAUGGUGACCUACACAUUCACAAGAUGAGCCUUGUCACUCAAGUGCAAGAUCUUUUCCCCGACCUCGGUUCAGGCUUUGUCCUCAAGCUACUAGAUGAGUACGGAGACAACGUGGAGCAAGUUACAGCUCAUCUCCUGGAUGAUUCUCUGCCGCCGCAACUUGCUAGCCUGGAUCGAAAUGAGGGAGCUUGGACUUACGACUCGCAUCCGAACGGCGGCAUAGUGCAUCUCCCGCCCCGCUCAACGCCUCCACCCCCCAAUCCUUUCAGCUCCAACAGACGCAAUGUGUUCGAUGAUGAUGAGCUGGACAGACUUGAAUUUGACACCAAUCGACUGCAUAUUGGCAAACAGGACAGGCAGUUUGAGGGCGAAGAUGCACCCAACAAGGCGGCUAUUCUCUCCGCAUUAGCAGCUUUUGACUCUGACGACGAUGAGCGAGACGACACAUAUGAUGUGGAAGACGUCGGCGGCACGGUUGACACCUCGCAUCCCGACGGCGAGCCAGGCCCAGCUGCCAGGGUAUUUCUAGAAGAAAACGAUAUGGCAUUGUUCAAUGCGUACCAAGCCUCGCCAGAACUCUUCGGCCGCACCUUUGAUGUGCGAAAGGGGCAGGCACGGCAGGCUCUGAAAGCUGAGACUGGAAUGACAGACGAAGCAAUUGAAGGCUGGGCAAUCAUGCUGCAGCGCGAUCCCAAGCGGCUCAAACGACUGGAGGCCCAAACUGGCGCUUUCGACGGGAGACAGGCUGAAUUGCCAAGUACGGCGUACCGAGAAAGUCCGGGCAACACGGAGACAGAAGACUCAGAUGUAGCUCAACAAGGAGGCAGAGGAGGAUUUCGCGGUCGAGGACGCGGUCGCGGCCGCGGAGGUAGAGGUCGAGGCCGAGGGGGAAAUGUUGCCGGACCUUCAAGCGAUCCAACUACAGCAAACGCUCAGCGACGCAAAGAAGCAAGUAAAGGCAGCCGAGCGAAUCACAAUCGUAGGGAUCAGCGUGCGAAGAAGAUGGCUCGUGGCGGCUUCCCUGGAUGA